AUGUUUCGACGUAUCAUUCCUCAAGCAACCACUCUAAGGCGGUCGGUCUCUCACAGACCACGUACUUGUGCGCGUCCAUUCAGAUCGUCUGGGCGUGUCAAUGAAGAGUCAAAAUCGAAUAAGGACCCAGACACUGGAAAACGGAAGUCCGAACCGACGCCUCUAUCAUCAUGUCCCGAAAAUACGAUCAUUGUUGGUGUGAAUUAUCUUAAAGGCCAAGAACCGAUCCUCGCAAAGAAAGACGAAGAUUAUCCGGCAUGGCUCUGGAGCUUACUGAAGCCCAAAGAGAUUCCAGACGAUGGACCGGGUGGGUUGGGUGAAAAGAUGCGCUUGCGGGCGGCGAAUAAGAAACGAAUAAAGGAGCAGAAUUUCUUGAAAACCCAGUGAACGGGUGAACUUUAUGUUGAAGGACAUCCAAUUAUUUGCACGUUCUCAUCGUGUUAUCCUUUGACUACAUUCUCUGACCAAAUUGUCUAUUCUAGUCCUCUCGUUCUAUCGUCAAUAUUUGGUCUAAUCUACCAACCUGUAUCCUGCAUUCGGACCGCACUCAAGUAUAUGAUUACUAUGAACAUACAAUAAAGC